AUAUCAUUGUUGUCGCAACCAAGCCACCAGCAGCCAGGCCAACAUCAUGAAGACGAAGACUGUUGACACGAUGCAAACAGCGAAUGAAAUUGCGGAGAAAUCGAGUAAGAAACAGUCGAAGAGAGAGAAAAAAGCAAGGAAAGAAAAGAGGAAGCGAAAACGAAACGCCAAAAACGAAACGGAYGGUGAUCGGAUAGGUGUUGACGCAGAUUCUGCCGAAAAUGAAAGCGAAAAGGAUUGCUUUYCCACUUACCAAGAUGACGACAACAUMAGCAGCAACAACAAGAAAGUGGAAAAUAGCGACAAAAAGAAGAAGAAGAAGUCGAAAAAGAAAAAGAAAGGARAGAAGAAAUCCAAAGGAAUCAAUAACGACAGAGAUACUGAAUCUAACGAUGAAAAAAGUGGGUAUGAUUCUGCAAUUCAGAGUACCGGCGAUGGUCGUUUAGUGGCUUCCUCCGCUAUUGAGUUUUAUGACGAUGAUCUUAAAAAAAGAGCAAAGAAGCGACAAAAGGUUACAUUGAGCAACAAGAUAACGACUGGGGAUAAUGCAGAAAAUGACACUGGAUUGGAAGAGGCCCUGAAAAAGCAACGAUCRAAAUCGAAAAAGAAGAAACGGCAUCGCGACGACGACAAGGCCGAACGCGAAAAGGAACUGAAACAACGUGACGAACURGACAAGGUUUUGAUUCCCGAAAAGAAACACAUCCAUAGCUUGACACUUCUACUGUUUUAUCAGUAUAUAGAGCCGGAAUGGGAUGAUGAAACCCACGAAAAAAUGCUCCGCAACCUUCAAAAGAUUGGAACCACCCUCGAAUUGACUGGCCGAAUGCGAUGCGCAAAGGAGGGCUUGAAUUGUACUUUAACGGGGACUCACUCAAAUAUUUUAGAAUACACUAAGGCCCUUCGACAGUUACGACCCAAGGAAUUCUGCAACACUGAAUUCAAGUUGACAACGGACCUGCCCCUGGCUCAGAAAUUUGGCGAGUUGAAAGUUCUUCCUGUCAAGGAAAUUGUUCGUUAUGGUCUAGAUGGCGAAAAGGCACCACCUAUCCAGCAAUAUAGUGGGGUCCAUCUCGAACCCAAAGACUACCACAAGAAACUGGCCGRGUCCAACACUGUGAUCAUAGAUGUUCGAAAUCACUACGAGGCUGCAAUCGGGCGAUUCGUUCCCCCUACGAAGGAUGACUCGGGCGCGCAAACAGACACAAAAGCGACAGAAGGCCCAAAGUGGAUUGAUCCAAAGAUGCGCAAGUCGACAGAAUUCCCGGCSUGGCUUGACAAAGAMGAGACCAAGGAAAUGAUGAAGGGAAAGCAAGUCCUCAUGUACUGCACAGGUGGCAUUAGGUGCGAACGAGCUUCMGCCCUCCUGAAGUAUAAGAUGGAAACAGACGAAUCGGUCAAGGAUCUAGGCAUCAAGGGCGUGUUCCAACUUCAAGGUGGAAUCGACAAGUAUUUCAAGGAGUUCCCUGACGGUGGCUACUGGAAGGGGAAAAACUACGUAUUUGACAAGCGCUUUGCUCACGCGCCACCUAAAAUUGACGGCGAGCUACACGGUCGCGUUAUAGACAAGGACGAUGAAAAUGAUUCCAAACUUCCCGCAAACGCCCACGUUAUGGGAAAGUGCGAAGCCUGCCACAAACCAUGGGACAUGUAUCGCGGCAAACGGCGGUGCCCGACCUGUGGUGUCCCGUCUCUUAUCUGCAAAGACUGUUUUCUCGCUGACAAGGAGGGCAGGAAGAAAUUAGGCAAGGAGGUCCGGUGCGAUUUGUGUGUAGAACAGGGGAUAUUUUCCAAGAGGCAGUACCGAGAAAACGACGAGCGGUUCAUCCAAGACUACGAAUCGAAAAUGACGGCCAAGGGGCUCCUCCUGCCCAACGCGGCAGCUCAAGAUCCAGAGGUUGACUCUGCGGUGAUGGCAYCAAACCCAAAGGGAAUCACCCGGUUGGUUCUCAAAAACAUGUGCCGCAAAAAGAUGACAGAGGAUGCCCUUAUGGAAGCCCUUCCAGGCAUCACGCACAUUGUGUGGAAUACCCAACGCAAUCGAAAGAAUCCGUCGGCAGAACCCAUUUUUACCGGAAUGGGCUGGGUGGAAAUGGCCACCCCGGACGAUGCGGCCAGGGCCGUGGCCAAGAACAACCAGCUCAAGGUGUUCGGCAGGACGAUUGGCAUUGCCUUCCAGGCGCCUGACGGAAAGGAUGUGUGGCCAGCACCGAAUAGCAGGGUUGUCUAACCGACGGCCCGCGCGCUUUCGACCGGAGAGAGGGGUWUGGUUUCGUACUGCUUUUCUGUAGGCUGAGUUGUGUCGUCCU